CUGUCGGGUUUCAAGCCGGAAGUGGAAGACUGAGAUUGGGUUUCCAGCUUCCAGGUCGGCGUGGGAAGCGUCAUUUUAAAGAAGAAAACUGCAGGGCUUUGCUUUGUUUUCGGCUUUUACGGUCGUGCCAGUAAUGUUUAUGCAUUUUCAAGGCCCAGCCAUAGUUUGGCAGCCCAAAACAAAAGCCCCGCAGUUUUCUCCUUAAAAUGUUGCUUCACGAAGACCUUUGGACUAGAAACCAAACAGUAACUGAGAAUCUGAGAAAGGAAAAAUGAGAGCGAAAUCGAUCAUCCGGCCCUUUCUUCUUCGUCACUCUUUCAAUUUCCGGUCGAUUUCUUCUUUUUCUUCUUCUCGGAUUCCUCUGAACCUAAAUUACUUAAUUUUAACCCCCAAAACAAAUUCUUCAGUCCCUAAAAACCCCUUCCCAGUUUCCACCCCUCAAAACCUUACUCUCCACCGACCCUUCUCCGACUUUCCCUACGAUUAUUACCCAUCAUCCCUAUCCGAACCCGAACCACCGCCAGUUCCAGAGAAUAUCGUACCCGUUAAGUCAGAAGAAGAGUUCGAUGCUGCAGUUAGCAAAGCUGAAGGCGAAUCCGUGCCGGCUGUUUUCUAUUUCACUGCUACCUGGUGUGCCCCUUGCCGGUUCAUCGGUCCAGUCAUGGACGAGUUGGCUCGGAGAAACCCUCAUGUAACAACAUAUAAGAUGGAUAUCGACGAGCCGACUGUCCAUUUCUUUAAAGAAGGCAAAAAGGAGGAUGAAGUUGUUGGUGCUGAUGUUACGCACAUAGUCCAAACAAUGAAGAAACUCUAUGAGAAGAAGGAUUGAAGAAAGGAUGGUUCACUAGAAGAGAUAAAUGAAAUCGAUGCUUGAUGACGAUUAUGGAACCUUUUUCAAGCAAUCAAAGAAGGAAAUAAAUGGUUUUUAGGUUUCCUUAAUGACUGUAAGAUUUCCUUUUGGACAGUAGGCCUCUCUCACCCUUCUCAUUAUAGGUUUUGUCAUCAUAGAGUUUGCUGAUCAAGAGUUUAGUGAUUAAAAUUAUAAUUUGAGAGGCAAAGUUGGGAUACUUUUAUGAUAUGUGAAGGUUGAUUUUGCAAUA